UCAGAUCAGAACACUCAGACCACGGGAGAAAUAUCCCGAGCAGCCACGCCGGAGCCAGAGAAAUAUCUCCUUCGCUUUUGCACUUUUGCUGCGGGUCCUCGACACGUCACAACCCCUGCUCCUCCGCCGAUGGCCGGCGGCGAAUCGGAGGCGGAGCGGCGGGCAGCGCUGCUGCGCGAGAUAACGGGGGAGGGGGGCUUCGCGUUCGCGGCAUCGGCGGAGAAGGCGGCGGCGGGCGACCUCCGGGCGGCGGAGGCGGCGCGGGAGAUGGCGUGGGAGCAGCUCCACUCGGGGCCCUGGAGCGAGGUGGGCCACGCGUGGAGGGACGCCUACGCGCUGGCGUGCCUCCACGUCGCUCGGCUCCGCCUUGCUGCCGCCGACCGCCGCGCCGCGCUCCGGGCGCUCGACAUGGGGCUCAUCAUGGGAGGGAACCUCCUCCGGGCCGACCUCGAGGACGCCGUGGCCCGGAUAGUGGCUGACUCGAGUGACGGCGACGGCGCGGAGACCGGCGAAGAAGCCCAGAGGUGGAGGGAAGGGCUCGACAGGAACCGAGACAUCGCCGAUGCACUCAAAAUUCUUCCGAAGAAGUCUUUAUCUUGUAAGGAAAUCGAGAGACGAUCAUGCAUAUCUUUGGAGGAGUUUAUAUGUGAUUACUUUUUGCGUGAGUCCCCUGUUAUAAUCAGUGGCUGCAUCAAUCAUUGGCCCGCAAUGACAAAAUGGAAGGAUAUUCAGUACCUAAAGAGGAUCGCAGGAGAUCGGACUGUUCCUGUUGAAGUUGGAAAGAGUUAUGUGUGUAAUGAUUGGAAGCAGGAGCUAAUCACCUUUUCCAAGUUCCUUGAGAGGAUGUGGUCAACUGUCUGUCCUUCAAAUUUGACAUAUCUUGCUCAGCAUCCGUUGUUUGAGCAGAUAAAAGAGCUCCAAGAAGACAUAAUGGUUCCUGACUACUGUUAUGCUGGUGGAGGGGAACUCCAAUCACUUAAUGCUUGGUUUGGUCCACACGGAACAGUGACACCAUUGCACCACGACCCACAUCACAAUAUUUUAGCUCAGGUCUUGGGCAGGAAGUAUAUUAGACUCUAUCCUGGUUCAGUAUCUGAGGAAUUGUACCCACACACAGAAACUAUGCUAAGCAAUACCAGUCAGGUAGAUCUUGACAACAUAGAUCUGAAGGAGUUCCCAAGGGUAGAAAACCUUGAUUUCAUGGACUGCAUAUUGGAGGAGGGUGACCUGCUCUACAUUCCACCAAAAUGGUGGCAUUAUGUCAGAUCACUUUCUAUUAGUUUCUCCAUUAGCUUUUGGUGGCGUAAAACACUUGCAACUUCAAGCGCCCAACAUUUGAUCUUUGGUAGUACAUCAGGACCAGGCUUAAGGAUUCAGGAACUUGGUAAGCCUGACCACAUGUAGUAUUCAUAUGUACUAUUGUACGUGAACAUUGUUACUUGAUGCAUACCACAUGUAAUGGUGAUUUACAUUCUGUACCCUCGGGAGGUUGAGAUUGAAGGACUGAUCCAUUUUCCAAAGUCCUGUAACCCGUAACCGUAAGUGUUACUUCUUAGAGAACAGAAGUGCCUCAGGUAGAAAGAUUUGUUACGAUAAGAGUGAAUCAAGUGGGGAUUAAUUUCUUAGUCAAAUUGUAACUAAA